AUGAACAAGCCGAGCACCGUCUAUCCUGCCCUUGUGCCUCUGCCCGAGCAGGGAGAAGUCAAAGCCGGCAUUGUUUUGGACGGCGGCGCCCUCAAGAGCGAUGCGCCAUCCCAUGAAGGAACUCUCACAAAGUCGGGCUAUGAAGUGGUCUUCCAGCGCCUGUACGAGGUUCACGGUCAGAUAGGAGGGCCUGGGUCGUCGCCCAACGAUGCGACGCUCCUCGUUCUGAAAGUCUCCCCUCGCGCUGACCAAGGUCGGUACUUCAAGAGCUGCAGAAUUUCUCUCACCGUCGAACACGACCCCGGAGACAAGAAGGCAUACACCUCGGACAAGCCCACGUUCAAGUCCUACGAACCGGCGCAGGACGGAGUUUGGUACAUCGGCGAGCACAUGAUAUCCAGAAGCGAGACCGGCGAGACCCAGGCCAACGCAUCGGGCGAAAUUCCAGGCGGCGUCUCCAUCGGCUUCUCCGCCUCGAAGUCGGUCACAGAAGAGUCGUCCAAGCGCAUCCUGCACACAGUCGAGGCCAAGUCAGCUUGGCGCCCCGGUUCGGGUCGUGACGCAUCGCCAUAUCAAAUCACCUGGACGCUGAAGCCGGCUGAAAAGUCCAAUGGAAUCGGCGACUACAUGGCAGUUGCCCUCCUUGUCAAGCAGCAUCGGGGGUCCAAGUUCGUCCUCCAGGCUGAAAGUACGGCCAAGGUCGGGCUGCGGGCUAAGCUUGGCGACCUGUUUGACGGCUCUGUUGGCAUAACCUUGGGGCCAUUCGGGACAGCGCUGCGCGAUGACCAAAUCCAGAACAUUCCAUCCGGCAUCAGCGCAAACAACCUGGGAGCGGCGUCCCGGGAGAAUCUUCUGCAGUCGCUCGCCUUCAUCCACGUCCCAGAGAAGCGGGAAGCGCGCCAAGUCUACGGAUACCAGGCUCCCAAUCUCCAGCCACCCAAUUUACCGGCGUCUCUUCCAUCCGUCACCUCAGAGUCUGUCACACAACUGCCACCAGAGAUCCAAUCAGAGAGGAACACAAAGACAGCUGAACCAACGCCACCUCCCGUGACGCAGCAGCCACGGCCGCAGGUCGCCGCUGAAAUCAAUGUGCAUCCACUGGCGGAUGCCGAAAUCGCCAGCAGCUUCGUUGCAAGACCGAGGAUAGUACCGGUACAAGGCUCCCAGAUAGGGGAAGCAGAAGCACGCCAGAAGGCGCUGUGCCCCUUUGCUUCCGUGUCCAUAGUGCAGGCUCGUGCUAUGCGCCAUCGUAGGAUGGCUGCGCUCUAUCAGCGACUUGCGAAAUUGCACAUGGAGGAGGCUCAAGAUGCCGACAGGGCUUAUGGGGAAAUGUACGCAGAUGAAGCUGAACAGGAAGAAUACGAGUGA